AUGCCCUUUGCUCAAAUUGUUAUUGGCCCACCGGGUUCAGGAAAAUCAACCUAUUGCAACGGCUGUUCACAGUUUUUCAAUGCCAUUGGAAGACAUUCUCAGGUAGUAAAUAUGGACCCUGCUAAUGAUGCGUUACCUUACCCAUGUGCUGUGGAUAUUCGAGAUUUUAUAACUUUGGAGGAGAUUAUGCAAGAGCAACAGUUAGGCCCCAAUGGUGGUUUGAUGUAUGCUGUUGAAUCCUUGGAUAAGUCCAUUGACUUGUUCAUAUUACAAAUCAAGUCGCUUGUAGAAGAAGAAAAGGCAUAUCUCGUAUUUGACUGUCCCGGACAAGUGGAGUUAUUUACUCAUCACUCAUCUUUAUUCAGCAUUUUUAAGAAAAUGGAAAAAGAAUUGGACAUGAGAUUCUGUGUAGUAAAUUUGAUAGACUGUUUUUACAUGACUUCUCCUUCACAAUACAUCUCCAUUUUGCUACUCGCAUUAAGGUCUAUGUUAAUGAUGGAUCUACCCCACAUUAACGUUUUUUCUAAGAUAGAUAUGUUGAAAUCCUACGGGGAAUUACCCUUUAGAUUAGAUUAUUAUACAGAGGUUCAGGAUCUAGAUUAUUUGGAGCCAUAUAUCGAAAAGGAAGGCUCUAGUGUACUGGGAAAGAAAUAUAGCAAGUUAACUGAGACAAUCAAAGAGCUUGUUUCAGAUUUCAAUCUGGUUUCAUUUGAGGUCCUGUCUGUGGAUGAUAAAGAAAGUAUGAUAAAUCUUCAAGGUGUUAUAGAUAAAGCAAAUGGCUACAUAUUCGGCGCAUCUGAAGUUGGCGGUGAUACAGUUUGGGCUGAGGCCUCUAGAGAAGGUGCAUUACUAGCAAAUUACGACAUUCAGGACAGAUGGAUAGACAAUAAAGAGAAGUACGAUAAAGAGGAAGAAGAGAAACGCGCGGCGUUGCUAAAAGAACAAGAGUUGCAAAAUAAAGCCGUUGAUGUGAAUGAAGAGGAUGAGUGGGAAAAUGCGCUGAAGGAAUGGGAAGAAAAACAGGGUACGGAUUUCGUUAGAUAG